GGCACAACACACUCGCUUUUCAUCGCUUGUGUCUAUUUAGCGUCAGUGUCUCAUCAGACGGAUUGGUGAGGCUUGGUCCCUUCACCAAACAUCGCCAUUUCAAAAGCCCCCCUCCUCUUCCGUCUCUCUAUUACCUCGCCGACCCCGCACCCCCUGUCUCGACACUGCAAACACCGCCACCGUUCGGCACUCCUCGCAACACACGCGCCUACCUCCCCCAGCCAUUUUCUUCUUCGCCCUUGGGUUGUGACGACACCCACCCGCCGUCAAGAUGCUAAAGAUCUGGUCCAUGAAAAAGGAACAACAAAAGGCCGACCAGGCUGAUGUUGCGACUGGCAAGAAGAAGAAGGUGACUGCAGCGCAGCUCCGCGUGCAGAAGGACCUCGACGAGCUCAGCCUGCCCUCGACCAUGAAGACCGAAUUUCCCGACCCCGACAAUAUCCUGCACUUUGUGCUGACGAUCGAGCCUGACGAGGGCAUGUACAAGGGCGGUUGCUUCACGUUCAACUUCGACGUGGGCCAGAACUUCCCCCACGAGCCGCCCAAGGUGCUGUGCAAUGAGAAGAUCUACCAUCCCAACAUCGACCUGGAGGGCAAGGUGUGCCUGAACAUCCUACGGGAGGACUGGAAGCCGGUGCUCAACCUCAACGCCGUUAUCGUGGGGCUGCAGUUCCUGUUCCUAGAGCCCAACGCGAGCGACCCGCUCAACAAGGAUGCUGCGGAUGACCUGAGGAACAACAGGGAAGGGUUCAAGCGGAACGUCAAGACGAGUAUGGCCGGUGGGAACGUGAGAGGUGAGUCCUUUUACCGGGUUCUGAAAUAGGACAGAAGGGCCAAGAGGACGGUUUUGAAGUAAAGAUCCCCCAGAGUCGACAUAGCCGCCUCCAUUCCUGGGACCAACCGCCUGUACACACACCCAGGGACGGCGAGGCGAACAACAUAGCAAGGAGGAGGUGGAGAAGGAGGAGGAGGAGGUUACAUGGAGAUGGAGGACAGAUUCAUCGAAGAGAAGAUCGGAAUAGAGGUUGGACAAUGGCGAGGGGCCGGUGGACAUGCUGAUUGAUAUAGCGAGGCACCUCGUGAGCGUUCGUCCAGACGUUCAACACAAAACAUAGACAAGACGUGGGCAACAAAAAGGGCGGACAUGAUGACUUUACGAGCGUUUCAUGUAGAUUUCUCUCCUGAUGCAGAGACCUACAGCAUUUGGAAUUAUCUACAACACC